UUCUGGCUUUGUAUCGUUUAAAUGCGAGGUCAGACUUGAACCCCGUGAUGGCGGGCCCCUUGACCAGUAUCAUGCUCCUCGCGGGCACAAAGCCCCGGAGCCACACGGCUCUGGAAGCAAGUAUUUAGGUACACAACUGGGGAUGGCACUAGAAGUAGAGCUGGCUAUAAAGCAAUAUCACACCUACCUCCCACAUCUUUAUGUACCAAGUUCCACCGAGCUACGGCAGGAUCCAAACAACCAUACUACCUUCCCACCAUUGAUCAGCGAGUUUCUUCAUCACCUCCGUCUCAACAUGUGUUAUACACCAAACUUCAAAAUUUACUGUUGCGGGAAAGAAUGGUCUGUCGCUCCAGAUUUCCAGCACCGAAUCUUUGCCUACUGCGAAAACGCAUACCGGCGGGGUCACACGGUAGAAGCAUGCAACAACAUAACAACAGAACAGCCAACAACGUACACUUUCGACGAUGACGACGAAUAUUACCCCGGAUUUUGCAAAAGUUGUCUCCGCAAUCCUAAACUGGCGAAACAUGUGCAAGCUCGCCUCGGAGCCCGCGUUGAUACCUGCAACGACCAGGUAUCCGAUAUCGAAACAGCUACAGGGGGGAGCCGAACGAAAACAAGGACUAUGAUUUUGGCCCGACGGACAAUGUGGCGCGACGCGAGAUCCUUCUUCUUUUGUGAACAAAGGUCGGAAGAUCUCGAAGAUAUUUGGCAUGAUAGGUUUGAGAGCUUUUUGUGGCACUGCGACAAGGUCCAGGACGUGGCUAAAGAACGAGCGAGAGACGAGAAACGAACCAAGAAAGGAGCCAAGGGGAAGGCAGUGGCUUGAGUCCCCACGACCGCGGCCCUUGCCAGUGACAUCACUACCGGUUCACUGGAGCCGUCUGAAGAGGCGGCUUGUUAUUGGCAACUACACAACCACUU